AUGCGCUCUUUCAUCACCCUCGCUGUGCUCUACGCCACCCUCGUCGCCGCUGCACCCCUCCCACCGCAGGUGGACGGCCUUGUCGGCAACGUAGAGCCUGUCCUUGACAGUCUCAACGCUCGCCAGCUCGACGGCAUCCUCGGCGAUCUCCCGAUCCCGAUCCCAGCGCCCCCAGCGGCCCCAGCUCCCAUUUCUGACCUCGACCUGCGCCAGCUCGGCGGCGUCACCGGCGAGCUCCCCAUCCAACUCCCAGCGCUGCCAGAGCGCCAACUCGGCAAGGUCACCGGCGCGGCCUCGGGUCUCGAGCAGGAGAUCGACGAGCUCGCUGCCAGCGCCGGCAUCAAAGCCCGCCAAGACCUCCCCCUGCCGCUGCUCGAGCUCCCCAUUCCCAUGCCCGCGCUUCCCAUCCCCAUGCCCGAGCUUCCCAUCCCCCUCCCCAAGCUCCCCGUCCCCAGCCCCGGGCUCGGCAAGCGCCAGCUCGACGACGUCACCGGCGACCUCCCCAUCUCGCUCCCGGCGCCGCCAGCGCUUCCCGUCUCCAUCCCCGGCCUCGGCGAGCGCCAGCUCGGCAACAUCGGCACAGCGCUUGGUAGCCUUAGCGAUCUCGACUCGAUGCUCCAGGACCUCGGUCUCGACGAGACGGCGGACAAGGCCGCCGCAGGCGCCGACGCGAAGCUCGCCAGGCGGCAGGACGACGAGGGCCUCGAAGGGAUCGUGGAUAACAUCAUCGAUGUCCUCCGCAAGCGCCAGGGCCCGACCGCCGACGUCCUCGGCGACAUCGAUAGCCUCGUGAGUGAAGCCGCCGACGUCGUCCCCCUCGCCCCCCUCAAGCGCCAAGACGGCGUGAGCGGGCUCCUUUCCGCCGUCAAGGACACCCUCGGCAUUUAAUGGCCGCGCCAGCCUGUAGAGUCGUAUCCGAACCCGCAUGCCGACGAUGACGUCCUCGCCACAGUCUCCUCUCGCGCUCGUAUAUACCCUCUUGUCGCUGCUCCAUCUAAACCGUCAAUGACGCUGUCCUGAUACUGCUCUUGAUUUCACGCAUACAGUACCACAUAAGUACUACCACAAUACAGCUAUAUACCCAUACUCCC